UGUGUGUGUUUUUUUUCAUUCAUUGAGAAAUGCCUUCUUGGGAGAUAGAUCGGGUGCGAAGCUCUCUGGGACAGGCCGGAGCAGGCAGCGCGAUAGAUUAUAGAUGCGAGGUUAGCCGAGGGAGCGCAAUGAGCGGAACCACUCUGCGGAAACUCCAAAAACAGACAUCGAUUGUGCUCCUCCUGGUGUGGCGUGUGUGGUUGUGCGCGAGCAAAUUGUCAAAUGAGUGUAUUUUGUUUAGCUUCGGAAGGCACCAGACCACCACCGCCAGCUAAACCACGCGAAAAAGGGCCGUUUUCACCCCCGUUUCGGGCGCAGCAACUGUACAUAGAGUAAAAGGAGGCACAGAGGGUGGUUCCCGCUGGUGUGAAAUUCUGUGCCGUGUGCGUACCCCACCGUGCUGCCGUAGUGGAGCGCACCUCGUGAAAAAGAAACGCCUGAGCGCGCGUCCCUACCCUGUUGUUCGUGUGUGUGUGUUUGUACGUGUGUGUGUGCGUUGAAGUUUAGUGUGCUGCGUUGGUGUUCUUUUGUUCGUGGUUUUGUGCUCCCCAACUCGAAAAAAAAACAGAAGAACAACCAAACCAAGCUCUCCUUUAGCCUCCGAGUCUUCUGGUGCUGCACACUUAGUUAGCUUUUUCUGGCACUCUUGUGGACACACACACAAACCCAUAUGCGCGUACACAUACCGAGCGUGCACGCACGUACCACGCCACAGCCGUACGCACUACCGAAACGCUAGAACGGCAAAUCUAGUAGGCGGCGACGAAAGCAGCAAUAGCAACAGAACCUGUGGUGGUUACCACCCAAACCCCACCGCGGGCAGGAAACCGAAAAGCAGAAACACGGCAAAUGUAAAAUAUACAGAGCGCAACACACACCAACACCCAGAAAACGCAGCAAAGCAGCAGAACGCAGUUCGUCCUCAAACAAAACAUCGAAUUUUUCACUAAGUUAAACCCCGUCGUUUGCACGCAUCGGGAGAGCAAGCAGCAUUGUGAUGUUUGUCGUUGUACAAAUGUUAUUGUUAGUGAGAGCACAGUGACCGCAUAGCAACAAACGGAGGGAGGGCAGAAGCAGAAGCAGGGGCAGGACGGCGAGCAGAAGCAGAUUGUUGCCAGUUGAAACAAAAGCAAACGUUCUUGUUAGAGUUAUUAUUAUACAUAUAUUAUAUACAUACACAGCAGUAUACACCAGUAUAUACACGCGCAUAUACAUAUAUAUACACCAAUAUACACACUUCCGAAAAGGCAAAAAGUAAAACCCAAAAGCAAACAAAAAGUAAGACACGCACUGUAGGACAGUUACACGCACAGCACAGUUAUCCGCGAUCCGGAAGCUAGAGCAUCCUUUUUCUCCCCGCCCUGCACGCGUGUGUGUGAGAGUGUUAGUGUGUUUGUGUGUGUUUCCGCGUCACGGGUUUCGCGUGUCCCCCGUGUGUCCCAGCAACAGCAGCAGCAGCGGCGGAGCAGAGCAACAACAACAAUCUCCCAGCACAUCCCCAGCACCCCAAAAAAAGCCCCCCACUUUUGUAGUGUGAUCAACCAACGAACGUACGAACGAAACGCAGCAACAAAAUACAACAAAAAUCCACCAAGAUGGGCGAAAUGGAUAGGAAUAACAAGAAGAUUUUACAAAACAUUAAAAUGCCCGAGCAAAGCAAUGACUACCGAGUGGUGGUGUUCGGUGCGGGUGGUGUCGGCAAAAGCUCACUGGUGCUUCGAUUUAUCAAGGGAACGUUCCGUGAGAGCUACAUUCCCACCAUCGAGGAUACGUAUCGGCAGGUGAUAAGCUGCAAUAAAAAUAUCUGCACACUGCAAAUCACCGACACGACGGGUUCGCAUCAGUUCCCGGCAAUGCAGCGGCUGUCCAUCACGAAGGGUCACGCGUUCAUACUGGUGUACUCGGUCUGCUCGAAACAGAGCCUCGAGGAGCUGCGACCUAUAUGGAGCUUAAUCCGAGAGCUGAAGGGUGAAGAAAUAUCCCAAAUACCGGUAAUGCUGGUGGGCAACAAAUGUGAUGAAAGCGAAGACUUGCGGGAGGUGACCAACAUCGAAGGUCAGACGGAGGCCGCUACCUGGGGCGUCUCGUUUAUGGAAACGUCCGCCAAAGAGAACCAUAACGUUACCGAGCUGUUUCAGGAGCUGCUCAACAUGGAAAAGAACCGCAACGUAUCGCUCCAGCUGGACGGGAAGAACAAGAAGAAAAACAAGAAGAAAAUGAUGAAGGAGCAGGCCAAAGAGGAAAAGCUGCUGAAGGAAAAGAAGGAAAAGCAGCUGCAGCGAGAGAAGGAAAAGGGCAAGGAGAAGGAGAAGGACAAGGAAAAGCAAACGAAAGACAAGGACAAAGCGAAGGAUGGUGGGAAGGACAAGGGUGCGGCUGGCCAGCAGGCGGCCGGGGCGGCACCGGCCGGUGGCGAGGGCAGCGGCACACUAAAGGAAAAGUGUAAAGUGAUGUGAAAAGCUGAGCCAAAACCAAACCGCCUGGAAAGUGGGGCCGCGGACGGCCCAUGUCUACGGGUUGACCGUUGACGAUGAUGGUGAUGAUGGUGACGCUGACCAGUACCGAAACAAUGACGGCACGCUUACUCAACCAAUGAUCGCGUGUGGACGUGUCCGCACAAUCGAACUUCGUUAUAUUAUUGAUAUUAUAUGAGAAAAAAUCGCGAUGCAAUUGUGCAACGAGGCUAAAUCGAGUACUUACACGCAACACAGACACAAACACUCGCACACACUCACACACUCACAGCUAAACGCACGCAUCACAUACACAGAUGCAGCUGAUCGUGGGAAGAAAUCACAUGCUGGAUCAUAUGUGCAGGUGAUGCAGCAGAGAGGCACCGAAUGGCGAUUUAUGCAAAGCAUCUCGGGACGGCUGCUUCAUCAUGAUCCAAAUCUAAAUACUUGAAUGAAAUCGUAAACGUAUCGCGCGUAUGCAACAAGCAAUCGACAUGAUAGGGAUGGGUAAGGGAAAGCGAACUCACACGAAAAUACACAAACACAUACACACAGACAAACAAACACACACACACACACAUAUUGCAUUGAUAAGCAAAUGGUUCGGGAGUAUUAUUCUUACGACAGCAUUCAUAUAUACAAUGAAAGAAAGCAAGCAAGCAAGCAAGCAAGCAAGAAAGAAAACAACCAAAUACCAAAUUCUCUUAGCUAUAUCUCUUAGCUUACCAACUAAUACACACGAAUCGAAUAGACGCUUAACUGAAGUGCACUAGAUAUAACAAAAGCAAAACCAACAAAAAAAACCCAAAACCCGUAGGAAAAUUAACAAUAACAAUGAUUAUAUUUUGCUUCAAAUAACAAAUAAUAAAUCGUUGAGAUAAUCACUA